CGGGGGAGGCGAUGGACAGCACCAGUGAUGGUCUGCCCUCCCACGGCCCGCGCCCUCGGCAUCACCCCGGCCCUGCGCCCCCUCCCGCCCCGGACAGAGGCGGAGGUGCCCCAGGGCCUGAUCCCUCCGGCGGGGGAUUGGCUGCCGCUGGAUACGCAGGGUCAGUGCCCCGCUCCCCAGGACAGAAGAGGGGGCGUCGCCCCCCCCCAAGGUGACCCAGGAGGCAGCGAUCUGGCCGGGAGGUUUGGACAUUGCCCGCCCACCAUCCCCUGCCCCACGCUGACACAAAGGGCUCAGCUCCGCCCGCCAGAGUUUGUUUCUUAAAAUAGUUUUUUUUGGUGGGCGGAAGAAGGGGGAUGAAUUGUGAUGGCAUUCUGGGAUGGGAAUGGCGGGGGAAAUCCAGCGCCCCCCUGGGGAGCCGCCAGGGCCGGGUGGGGCGCGAUCUUUUCCUGCGGUAUCCCCCUUGCCACUGCAGCGCCAUAGGGGAUGCCGCAGACACGCUCCGGGCUAGCGGGGGGCAUGUAUGUCGCCCCUUCCAGUGCGCAUGGGGCAGCAGUAUGCACAGACACCCGUGCGAGGGGCGCGAUGUGUGUAUGGGGGGGUUAACCCCUCUUUCCAGAGCGACACGCCUGAAAGCUCCCCCUCAAGUCCCCCACGAUAAAACCCUUCGCCGCACCCCCCCUCCCCGAGAUUAUCUGGGACGUAGCCCGCGGCCAUGCACAUGCAGCUCGCCCUAUAGCGAUGAUCGAGGGCUCCUGCCUCCCCGAACCCCUGUAUUUUAAUAUAGGUCGAAGCAGCGCCUGCGGGGGGGGGGAAUCUAACCACCCCAGACACAAACUGGGUGACACCGCUCAACCGCCCGGUGGGGUCCCUUUAGCAACGGGGUCCUGUCCACAGAGAUCCCUGGCUUCUCAGAACCUCGGCCCCUCCAUAUCGGGCGGGGACCCCCCUGGAAGCGUCUCGCUUGCUCCGUGUUGCUGCUGCCGACCACGUGAGGGCGUCCAGUGUGUUAGUUACAACAAAUUAUCCCCGGGACAGCAAAGCCGCCAGGGAUCCCCGCCGCCCGCAGAGGGGACCCAGCCCAAGACCCCCCUCUUCGCUACCCGGCCUGUGCGAUUGUGCGGCUGGAUAAGUCCUCCUGGGAGGCCCAGACCCCCCUAUUCGGAGCGCCCCCCUCCUCUGUCUCUCCCCAGCAUAGGGUGUGCUCUUUAAAUCGGUUCUCGGGGACCUUUCUCGGGCCCAGGGAGCCCCGGCUGCAGGGCAGCGGGGUCAGGCACCGUCAGGAGCAGGGUUUUGUGGGGCCGCCUCAGCGCUGGGGUGUCGGACUUGGGAGCUAGAGCCCCGCAAAGGGGCUGCAAGAAGCACAAGUUGGAGCUGGCCCUGGCCCAGGCUGUUGUUGUUCUCAACGUGGUCCGCUCAUUGUGCAUAUAAAGGGCUGCCUCGGAGCCCGCCCAGGCAGGCAGGCGGAUUGCAUCUCGGAGCUGGAGCAGGGCGAGCGGCCCCCGGUGCUUCCCCACAGACGCCUACGCUCGCGAGCGAGCCACCCGCCAGCGCGGGGCAGCCCCAGGCAGCGGCCGCGAGUCCGUGCACUGAUUAGCUGCGGCAUCGACCGGCCUCUUCCCUGCAAUCUGAGCAGUCCCGGCCAGCAUGUCGGUGGAGCUAGAAGAAGCCGACCUGCCUCUGACUGAGGCGGAGGAAGCGCCCCUGGCCCCGGAGAAGAAAGGUGGCGCCAAAAAAGCGAAGGGCGGGGGCUCGUCCCUGUCUCCCUCCAAAAAGAAGAAAAACAACAAGAAGAAGAACCAGCCGGGCAAGUACAGCCAGCUGGUGGUGGAGACGAUCCGCAAGCUGGGCGAGCGCAACGGCUCGUCGCUAGCCAAGAUCUACAAUGAGGCCAAGAAGGUGUCCUGGUUCGACCAGCAGAACGGGCGAACCUACCUGAAAUACUCCAUCAAGGCGCUGGUGCAGAACGACACCCUGCUCCAGGUCAAGGGCACCGGCGCCAACGGCUCCUUCAAGCUCAACAGGAAGAAGCUGGAAGGGGGCAGCGAGGGGAGCGCUAGCAGCAGCGCCCCGAAGUCCCACAAGAAGGCUGCAGCCUCCACCUCCCGGAGGGCGGACAAAAAACCGGCCCCCAAGAGCAAGAAGCCCGAGAAGAAAUCUCACAAGAAAGGCGCCAGCAGCGCAGCCGCCAGGAAAGACAAGGGCAAAGCCAAGAAGGCUGCCAAGAAAGCCGCCUCCCCGGGGGGCAAAAAGGUCAAGAAGUCUGCAAAGCCCAAGGCGCUGAAGAGCAGGAAGGCAUGAGGGGGGGGGGGCAGGGCGCCCCCAUCGCCCCACCACGCUGGGGCGGGGAGAGAGAACAUUUCCCCACCCUCCCCCCACCCUCCCCUCCGGCUCCCCAGGCAUCCAGGGCUUCGAGCCCCAAGACAGACUCUGCUCUGAGGACAGACCCAGGUUAUCCGCGUUGUAUUUGUAUGGCCGGCCUCGCUCUGUAGCCGUCGCCGCGGGCAGGGAAACGGGGGUCAGGGCUGCCCCAGCCUCGCAGCCCGUCACCCUUGUUUUCUUACUUGGCACCUCGCCCCCCCGCCCCGCACCCCGCCACCCGCGAAGGUCUCUGCUCGCCCCCGCCGCAGCCCCAUAUUUACAGGGCUAGGUCCCGCCCCCCCUCCCCAGUUUCCAUAGUAGCUGUUUUUCACGAGUCUCUUCGCUUUUAUGUUCCCUGCGCCACCUCCGGUAGGGGGCGAUGCCACGUGGGUCCCCCAGGUCCCGGCCCUGGCGCACUGUUGCGGGGGGGGGGGGGCGGUGUUCUUUUGCCCUACUUCGGCAUUUGUCGAACAGCGACCACGCUCUCUAUUGGUUCGUGCCCUGGCGCCAUGGAAACGGCGGCUGAGGCGCCAGUUCCCUAUAAUGGCGCCUGGGUAGCUCUUAAAGGGCACCUCCCCCCCCCCCCCCCGGUCGGUGAGCCGCUGCCCCAGCCUUGCGAGUCUUGUGCCCCUGUUGCGGGGUGACGCUGGUUGUGCGCGUGGCGGGGAGGGGGAGGGGGCGGCCUGGCCCCGCGCGUUGUACCACGUGUUCGGGAUUCGGAGUCAAUGGCCUUUUUCGUGGUUGGUCAAUAAAUUGUUUAAACCUU